GCCAUAUUGUGACAUAUCAUCCACAGCCUCACCGGCCGGCCUGUGUGAUAUUUCCCAUUGGAAGACUCCGACCAUCAUUGCUUGUCCAAGUGCAAGGACACAAGAUCUUGCAAGGCUGUACAUGUCUUUAUCGUUCUAGUGGCUGGACACAUCUUCACUCGGCACAAUCAAUCCACCAACUCUCGAACAUAUUCAUUAAUCCCAACGAUACACGCACUACUCUAAGCGCCCAGAUUCACGUCAACUACCUCCAAAAACGAAGUUUUGACUCUUUGUUGUGGAUGCGUCCUAGACAAGGCUGACCUGAGAUCACAAUUACCUCUCAAAGUACCUCAUCCUUUCAUUCUGCUCCCGCUUGACGUUUGAUCCGUUCGGGUUGCAGGGGAAAGGACAAUCAAUAACCCAACCCUUCUUUCUUAACCUGGAUUACCACAACCCACUCCGUCCACAAAUCUCUUCCUUCACAAAAACACAACAACAACCUAGAGAUAUUAUUCAUCGUAUCCUACUUGUCCACUGAUCAUUAAUAUCAUUCACGCCAAAGCCACCACGACCGUCUCAAAGUUCUUCACCGACAAACACGGCGCCGCUCCUCAGGAUCCUGCAUCCGAGGAAUCCCAAUCCUCCAACACGCCACCACUCUCACGCUCCUCAUUCUUGCACAGGCUCCGAAUACACUCGCCUUCAAGGAGAUCCAAGACACUUCCUAACCUGACCAUCCGCCCAACCACUGCUCCAUCAGGCUCUGUCUCGACUUCCAGUUCUCAACGUUGGACGGAUGCCAGCAACUCCCACCAUGCUCAGAUCAGCGAGAUAGCCCAUCUCAUGCCACAAGCUAUGCAACUCAGCACCCCUUCGAUGCAACACAACAAGCGACAACGAUCUCGAGACUCGGCCUUGCGGGUAUCGAGGCCCGCCUCGUCAGGGAACUCGCCGUUUGAUGAUAACGAUGAUAGUAGCCAUGAUAACACCGCCGCCACUGAAAAGAGGGACGACUUGGCUCAAAUUCUGUCUGUCAAGAUGCCCCCCUAUCUGACCAAAGGCCGUUCAGAAAUCUCUGAAGCUUUCCAAGAGUUGGAAUGGAGGCAACGCUCUCGAAUGGCUGAAGCCAUGCGGAAUCCAGAUUCUUCCCAAUACAGAAUUAGCAGAACCCCCGUUACUACCAGCCGAAAUCGCUAUGCUAACGUCCAGCCCUGGGAUGCUGUCAGAGUGAAGCUGGAUCCCGCCAUCGAUGGUUCUGACUACAUCAAUGCUUCUCCCAUCGUGCUGCAGAGUCGUCGACCCAAAACCAAGACCAGCAAAAGCACAAAAACGCCACAGAGCUCGGAUUUAGCUCUCGAACAAAACCUGAGCAGAUACAUUGCUACUCAAGGUCCCAAGAAUGGACAGUUCUUUCACUUCUGGCAGAUGGUGAUGCAGGAAAGCUGUGGUGACGUUGGCGUCGUGAUCAUGCUCACUCGACUCUCUGAAGGCAACAGAGAAAAAUGUGCUCAGUAUUAUCCCGCCCAAGAGAGCAACCCAACAAUGGUACUAUCUAGUGAUGAGGGCAAGGACGCUAGAGAAGGCAGUCAGGAUGACGAUGACGCAACUCCGCCGCCAGAUGGGGAGCAAGGAGACUCUUCUUCUGGCGAUCCAGACGAGCAGACACAGACCAGUCGCACAUUAACAAUCACAUUGAUUUCGUCGCGCUAUGAUCCUGCCAUCAGAUGCGAGGUUCGAGAAUUGCAGCUCGACAUGGACGGUCAACGCAAGACCAUCCAUCAUUAUCUUUUCAACGGCUGGCCGGAUUUUGGAAAACCAGAAGCCGCCGAGCGGGUGGCUCUGUUGGAGCUCACCAAGGUCUCUAGGUUGAUUGCCAAAGAUUCUCCUCGGUUCGUUCACUGCUCAGCGGGCGUUGGCCGCACAGGCACUUGGAUAGCGUUGGAUUUCCUUCUCCAAGAGCUUGAGGCUGGACGACUUUUGGAAUCUUCAGCGACCAGUACAUCAUCAGGUACUGUCUCGAGUCCAACAUGGGGCCGAAGCGGUCCUCCUAAGGCGACGACACCAGACCCUAAUGAUCAAGAGGAUCUUGUCUCGGAAACCGUCAACUGUCUCCGGGAGCAACGCAUGAUGAUGGUGAUGAAUGAGUUGCAAUACAGUUUCAUUUACGAAGUAUUGAAAGAUGCCUUCAUUGACAAAUACGCCGACCGGCAAACAGGCCCGAUUGUCAUUGAAGUUCAGGAACCCAGUCCAAAGAUGGCUAGAACCAGAUCUCCUCAACGGGAGCGUGGUCGAUCGGAAGAAGACGCCGUCAGCGAAGCAGAGACGGAAAUCAUGGACAAGGAUGAAGAGAAGGAAGACGACGACACAAUUGACGAUCCCUACUCCGCUGUGGCACCGGACACGAUCCGAGAAGGAAUGAAGAACCAACAUCAGGACACUGUUCAAGAUCAUGAGGCGAUAUGAGGUACUUAGAAAGUCAAUUGACAACAAACUGGUUUAUGAGGCGAAGAUAUGAAUGAAUCGAAUCGGUUAUGCACCCGAUGUAUGGUUAUGAUGUGAUGUGUAUAUCGGGCCUUUGGGUGAAGGCUAGGUCCUAGUGCGGACUAGAUCCGAACAUGAUCCUUUGCAAAGUCAUACAUAGAUGGAGAGGAGAUGUGUGGCGUAGGGUUGGAUCUUGCCAGAGUCAAAUGAGUAACAAAGAGGUCUACGAAGUAUAUGUCUGUAUGUCUGUAUGUCUGAAUGUCGGUUGGGAAUUGGCUUGACCCCAUGAGUCUGGGAGAAUCUGUG